CGAGCGGUGGCACCCGCGGCUGGAACGGAGGGGGCCGCAGCAGCGCACAGUGGCGGCAGGGCUGCCUCCGCAGCUGCAGGGGAAGCUGUUCUUGGUUUAUGCCGCCCUGUCUUUUCUGGGCGGCCUUUUCGCGGGGGCUGCGGCUCUGUGGAGAGGAGGAGGAGGAGUAGAGGCGGCGCCGCAGCUUUGGUUCAGCCCUCCGGGGAGGGGCUGGUCCAGCCUGUCCCCAGCGGCCGCCCCCGCCGCGCCAGGAGAGCUGACAAGUUCCUGUCUUUCCCGCCGAGCCCCAAAAGCGCGGCCGCAGCUCGGGCUCCCCAGCAGGUCCAUUUGUUGAAAGUGCCUUUGUGAAGUCACUCGUACCAGAGACGUCUGUCCCACCCCCACCCCGCUGCCAACUUGAUGUCUGCCAGCUAGAUAUUGCCCUUACCUUACUUGUCAUCUAUAGCAGUUUGCCAGCUGCUUGAUGGGAAACUGACUCCAUUUAUAAGGCAUGAGGAAAAUGUUAGGUUGGGCAUGAAAGCUGCUGAAUGUGUAACUCUCCCUGCAAACAAAGAAGACACAACAGGCUAAAAUGUUAUCAAGGAGUGCAGUUGCAUGAAAAUAAACUUGUGUAACAAAACGUGUCAACAAAACAAUCAAGGAGCUCACAGUUUUAAAAGCCAGAAAUGCAAGUGAGCAUGAAUAUUUUUGCAACCCAAAGUCUACAAGUGGCAUAUAUUGAUUGAUGACUGAUAUACUUGCGGAUAAAUAGAUUCUCAAUCAGCUUUGAAUGUAUUGGACUCUACUGAGCACUUAUUACAUCAUUACCAGUAGGAGCUAUUUGCAUUGAAAGGGGUUUUUUUCUUGAAUUGUUGGAGUACAUAACUGGAGGUGAUUCAUUAAUAGCAACUCUUGCAGUCUAAACCAGUUUUGCAUCAUGGCUUUGAAUGUUGCUCCUGUUAGAGAUACAAAAUGGCUGACGUUAGAAGUGUGCAGACAAUUUCAGAGAGGAACUUGUUCACGCUCUGAUGAGGAAUGUAAAUUUGCACAUCCACCCAAAAGCUGCCAGGUUGAAAAUGGAAGAGUUAUUGCCUGCUUUGAUUCUCUAAAGGGCCGUUGCACAAGGGAGAACUGCAAAUAUCUUCAUCCACCAACGCAUUUGAAAACUCAGCUAGAAAUUAAUGGUAGAAACAACCUGAUUCAACAGAAAACCGCAGCAGCAAUGCUAGCACAGCAGAUGCAGUUUAUGUUCCCAGGAACACCACUUCAGCCAAUGCCCUCAUUUUCUGUUGGACCAACAAUAGGCUCAAACGCAGCACUAACCUUUGCACCAUAUUUAACGUCUGUCACUCCUGGGGUUGGAUUAGUUCCUACUGAAAUGGUUCCCACGCCACCUGUCAUUGUUCCUGGAAGUCCACCUGUCACAGUCCCUGGGUCAACUACAACACAGAAACUCCUCAGGACAGAUAAACUGGAGGUUUGCAGGGAGUUCCAGCGAGGAAACUGUGCACGGGGCGAAACUGACUGCCGCUUUGCACAUCCUGCAGACAGCACAAUGAUUGAUACAAAUGACAACACCGUAACUGUUUGUAUGGAUUACAUAAAGGGGCGCUGCAUGAGGGAGAAAUGCAAAUAUUUUCACCCUCCUGCUCACUUGCAGGCCAAAAUCAAAGCCGCUCAGCACCAAGCCAACCAAACUGCAGUGGCAGCUCAGGCAGCUGCUGCAGCUGCUACAGUGAUGACUCAGUCGACUGCCAAAGCAAUGAAGCGACCUCUCGAAGCAACUGUAGACCUGGCCUUUCCUCCUGGUGUAUUUCACCCUUUACCAAAGAGACAAGCACUUGAGAAAAGCAAUGGUGCCAGUGCAGUUUUUAAUCCCAGUUUCUUGCACUACCAACAGGCUCUUGCUAGUGCACAGUUGCAGCAGCAUGCAGCAUUUAUUCCAACAGGGUCAGUUUUGUGCAUGACACCCGCUACCAGUAUUGUACCCAUGAUGCACAGCGCUACGUCCGCCACUGUCUCUGCAGCAACAACUCCUGCAACAAGUGUCCCCUUCGCCGCAACAGCCACAGCCAAUCAGAUAAUACUGAAGUAGCCAACAGGAAUGGAAUGGAAUGUCAAGAGGCCUCGUUGAGAACAGCAAAGCAUUGUUACUGUACAUACUACCCUGUCUCUUCCUCAAUAGAAUUGCCACAAACUGCAUGCUGAGUAAAGAGUUUGUUUGUCUGGACAAAUCACAAACCCUAAAGAGCUAGUGCUGCUAUAUCAUAUAUGAAUAUUAAAUAUGGUAUGCUUAGUAUAUUCCAAACUAAUCUAGUUAACUACCUGAUGCCAGCUGUGAUGGUUCAAGACAUAAAAGGAUAACAUUUUACUUUUAAAGGUUUUAUACAACACCGUUUACUUCUUAGAAAUAUUGUCUUACCACCAUAACUAUAGCUAAUGUAAGUAGUCCUAUUCAUGUAUUAUUGUAGGGUUCACGACUUUUGAAUCUUUCAAUGUUAGCAAUAAAUGAUUUACAUUGGCCACUAAGCCCAAGAUCCAAAGAACCACAUGAUUAAUUCCACAUGGCCAAGGUCACUUUGGACAUGUGUUUCUUGACCGACAGCCCUACUCCAGUCCACAUGGCAAACCACUUUUGGAUUGCGGGGAGUUUCAAAAGUAGUUUCUGAUAUGGCACAGGAGUCUGCUGCUCAAAGCAGGAAGAAAGUCAAAACCUACACUGUGGCAUGUGCACACCCUUGGGUGUGCCAGGCUAGCUCUUUGGAUCAUGGACAAGAUACACCAACCACAGAUUUAACUUUUAACCCUUUAACAAUUUUGUACUCUCUUAAAACACUUACUUCUCUGCUAGGCAGUUGAUGCCAAGACAAAGGAGGUGAUGUAAAAAGAACCUUGUAUUGGUGCACAUCACCACCUAAAAGUUCCAAAUAGAUAAUCCAAGGUAAAGCACAAAUUGUGGAGAUGCACAUGAGCUUAUAUUGGGUGUUUAUGGAGAAGCUGUACCGGAAUCAUGGCAUUCUAGAACUAAAUUAAACAUUUGCACGGUAUGACUUUCAUACCCCUAACAAAGUCUUGACUAUGUUAUUUUACAAAGAGAGAAAAUAUUUUUUAAAAAGAAGCCUUUGCAGAAGUGCCUAAAGUGCCACAUCAGACUUGAAACUUAGUGACGCUAAGGUCUAUAAUUGAAUCUACACCAAGUGAUUAAGCUUUCAGAUUUACAAUCAGGUUACCAAAAAGAACUUGUUAUGAAAUAACUUCUUCCCAGCUAAAUAAAUGGGACUAUAGAUGAAAAGAUUAGCAUGAUAUUCUAAUUUAACUAAAACUGAAUGCAGUCAUUGAAAAUCUGAUAAGUGACUUUAAUCUAGAUGAUUAGGAAAAUAUUGAACAGGAUGUAGAGAGAGCUUCAGUUUAAUCCAUUGUUACUGUUGCCGUAUUUUUAAAAUCGGGUUAAAGAAGUUGUAACCGGAUUACAGCACAGAGAAAGAAACUAGUUCUUUUAACCUUUUUCUUUAAAAGCUUAUUUUAUGUCACAGAAAUAUGAAGAUAUCUUUAAUACAGCUAUAUACAUAUUAUAUAUACAUAUAUAUGGACAAAACAGAUUUUAAUGUUUACUUUUUUAAAUACUGUGUUGAUUUACAAGGUAAUUAUAUACAUUUGAUUAAUGUAGGAGGUUUGUUUUUAAGAUUUGUUUCCUACACUAUUGUACCAAAUAUGUCACAUUUCACAUUUUAUAUGUUGCACAUAUAUCAUAUACAUAGUUUUUAAAUUAUUGUUUAUUAAAAAAAAGCAGCUGUUCUAUGGAAAUAUGUAUAAUUGUUUGAAACAUCUGUUUUCCAUGUGAACAUUAUGGAUGAUUGCAGUAUUUUAACUUAGCCUUUUCAGAUUGAUUCUAAGCUCUUUAGCUUCAACAGCACUGCCUGUUCUGAAAGACCAGAAGCACUAAUUGAUUUUUUUUGUUAAUGAAAUUAUUUUUCAGUGUUAAUCUUGGUUUUUCAAAUGUCUAAUAUCUGUUUAUAUUAAAACUGUAGAUUGGAUCACUUAAACAGGGGAAAAUGCAGAAUCUGAUGAUAAGCAUAGUGCUUGUAAUCUUUCAUUUGUUUUAAUUUGUGAAGAAUAUGUAUCUUUUAUUUUACUUGUAAAUUUUCAGUCAUUAUAACUAGAUUACUGACAUGGCAGUUUCUCAUUUGUAUUUUUUGGUGGGUUUUUUUGUUGUUAAUGAUCCAUUUCAACAUUUGGUAGUACUAAAUGGCAAAUUAUGUAUGUUGUUUAAAUCUUUAAAAUGUAGAAAGCAAACAUUUUAGUGAACAUAUGUCUUACUAAUUAUUUUCUUAUCCCUCCAAUAUUAUUUUGUUUCCAUUAAUGAUCAAACUCAAUACCUAUGAGUUUUACUCCUGAACUAAGAGAGAAAAAGAGAAAAUGUAUUUUUUAAAAAAAGAGAUCCACUGUAUUGGCAUACAAGUUUGUUCUGUUCCUACAAUUUUUUGUAAUACUUAUGUCAACUCUUAGACCAUUUGCUCCAGAAUAGCCAUGUUGAUGUCAUUGGAAUUAUGCUGGAAUAAGUUGUUUAAGAAUCACAGUAAGAACAUGAGAGGCAGAGGUUUUGCAGACCGAGAGAAAUCAGCAUCAGCAGGAAUGAGGUCCACACAACCCAGUCUUUUAAUGUAGUUGCCUUCCUUAGCAAGCUAUUGGAUAGCCCUGACUUGAACUGUUGACUGCUUUUAGGACUUCUCGAAAACCUAUUAAUUCAUUCAUUCCCAGCACUGCUUGACAAGCCACACUUUAUUUCUAAGUCGUUGGCUUUCCCUUCCCUAUGCAGUCCGCCAAUAGUAAAUCAGUGCUUCAUUAAGCAUCUCUGAUUUCUCCAUUCUGUUCCUGCCUCACAACGUUUUCAUUAGAUCCAUUUACCUUUUUUCUGAACUGCUGUUGCUUCCCUGCUCAUGUUCCUUACUAGAUCCUCACUCCUGACCUGAUUUCUCCUCCAGACACGCAACUAUUUUCCACAUAGUGUUCCUCCAUUUCAGCCACACCCUAAUGUUGUAGCCCUCUAGCAAUGUACCAAUUACUGCUUGCUUUGUUCUAUUUCUUGAUCUCACUCUUUAGCUUAAUCCCACUGGUUUGCUGCUUGCCACACCUUAUCCUGGCUUGAAUCAUUGGGUUGAACCACAAGCCUGAUCACAAACAUUCAGGCUUUCAGAUACCACCAGAAUGCACUCUUUAGAACUUACAAUGGGACCCCAAUCUUGCAUGCCAGUCAUACGAACCCACAAAGCCAGACUAUCCCUCUUAAUUUCAGUAGGACAGCUAGAGUAGCAGAAAGCAGAGCAAAUACAACUUUGCUCCUGUCCAUUUAGAGGUAAAGCUGCUGACUCUAAGAACACAAAGUCACAAUUUCCCAUCUCUGCCCUCUUCUGCCCAAGUUCAAUUGCUCUUUGUCUGUUUAGUCUCUGUGUCCCUCACGUUCAAUCUGUGCUAAUAGUAAGGAAAGAGCUAGCAUAAAUAUAAAAUUAUUAUUUUUGAGUAUACAAGAACAUGAUUAUUGAGUAUACAAGAACAUGAUUUUAUUUAUUUAUUAUAGAGUAAUUUUGUAGAAUACAUUGCAUUUGGAAAGAUCUAAAACUAUUUUUGUGUAUAAAUAUUAUUUGCCAAAUUUUCAUUUAUAUUUUGAAAAAGAAUGUCUAAUGAUGGUUACCUUAUGUUGGUUUUAUUUUUAAUUUUCAAAUAACUCCCUUGAAACAACCAUGAAAUGGGCCAAUAUAGUCAGUGAGAACAGAAGCCGGGACAAAUAAUUUCAAGUUACUUGAGAUGUCUCUCUAUUUAUUUUCUAUAAGGGCACUUCACCAAAAUACCUUAAUUUGCCCAUACAAAGUGAUCAGUGGUGACAUUUACACUGCAUACUUUCACUAACAGUCAAAUAAAUCCCUGUGUCUUGCCAUGUACUGUAACUACUUAGCAACCUGUUAAAUACCCAUUUAUGAGUUUAUUGAGAUAUUAUUUAAUUACCCAAUGUGAAACCAUGGAAAUAAAAAGAAGCAUUUUAAAACUA